GUGCGACGAAGCUCCUGAAACCAAUGAAAAAGUUUCCACCGAAUCUGAUUCUCGACCACAAUUUGGAAAUAGAUUUUUAACUAAAGAAGAUGAUGUUUUCACGCACAAUGCAUGGUAAUUUAUUAUUUCUCAAACAAUUGCAAUUUCUUCCGAAAGUUCUCUUUUGCUAUGAACACACGCGUCACCGAAAGAAACCGCCUGGAGGUGACCGAGUUCUCAAAACUAAAUCUGAUAUUUUCCAGUUUAAUGCUUGGGAUAACGUCGAGUGGGAUGCCGAACAAGAAGCCCAAGCACUUGCUGCAGUCCAAAAGAAUUCCACACAAAAAAUGACAACAGAAGAUCAAAACAAAUUCGAGAACGAAGCUGAUAAAUUCUGGGAUUCAUUCUAUGACAUUCAUCAGAAUCGAUUCUUCAAAGAUCGACACUGGUUAUUCACUGAGUUUCCUGAACUUGCCCCAAAAGAAGGCUGCACCGAAGCUCGACAAAUAUUCGAACUGGGAUGUGGUGUAGGCAAUACCAUUCUCCCCAUUCUCAAGUACAGCCAGGAGCCAAACCUAAAAGUCUAUGGAUGUGAUUUCUCAGCUAAGGCCAUCGAUAUAUUCCGAGAGAAUCCGGAAUUCGAUGAGAAGAGAUGUCAAGUGUUUGUCAUGGAUGCCACUGCCACUGAUUGGGAAGUUCCAUUCGAAAAGGAGAGUCUCGACAUCAUAGUCCUGAUUUUUGUCCUCUCAGCUAUAAAUCCAGAGAAAAUGACGAUAGUCGCUGAGAAUUGUUUUAAAUACUUGAAACCAGGAGGAUUGGUUCUAUUUCGAGAUUAUGGUCGAUAUGACUUGGCACAGCUUAGAUUCAAAGCUGGAAAAUGUCUGCAAGAAAAUUUCUAUGUUCGUGGAGAUGGAACGAGAGUCUACUUCUUCGAACAGGAGGAAUUGAAAGAUCUCUUUUGUGGAGCGGGAUUUGUGGAGGAGCAGAAUGUUGUUGAUAGACGAUUGCAAGUUAAUCGGGGAAGAAUGCUGAAAAUGUAUCGUGUUUGGAUACAGAAGAAGUUUAGAAAACCGAUGAAUUAGAAACAAUUGUAAAAUCUAUUUAUAUUCAUACCUGCCUAUUGUAAUUAUUUUUUGAAGAUGACUAAAGUAAACUAAAUUUAUUUUA